CGUCCAAUCGUCGUCCGCAUGAAGAAAAGUGGAUUCAUUUUCAGGUUGUAAACAUUGGUUAAUUCUGAUGUAAGAUGAUGGAAAUUGGAUCUGAGAUUAGUCACAAGAUCCGGUCUGCUAUUAAGGCAAAACUGGUUGAACUUGGAGCCUAUGUAGAUGAAGAACUACCAGACUACAUCAUGGUCAUGGUGGCCAACAAGAAGAACAGUUUACAGAUGACGGAGGACCUUAAUCUCUUCCUUGGAUCAAACACAGAAAAGUUCACCACAUGGCUCCACAACCUGAUCAACAAGUUGCAGUCUAUAUCAAAUGAAACAGUAUCUGAUGACAAAGAAAAAAAGGAGAAGGAAAGAAAGAAAUCCACAGAAAAGAAGAAAGUCAUCUCUAGUGAUGUCCCAGCUGCUGUGCCAGUUAAGAAGGUUGAGAAGGCACCUGUUGUCCAGAAGGAGACAGUCAAGCCUAAAGUCAAUAAAGUGAAGGAGGUAGUUCAACCGAAGGAGCCGUCGCCUGUGCCUGACCUAGAAGAACCAGAGUUUACUGUCAGGGCAGAUACAGAUGAAUUCAGUGAAGAAAUGAAAGAGAUAGAGAAACAGGCUGAGGCAAAGAGAGCCCCCAUCCAACCGACAACCACAGCUCCCCCUGUUGUAAUCCCCACCCCUAAGCCUGUAGUCACCACCCCACCAGCUCCCGUAACCGUAGUGAAGGAGCCACCACCGGUGCGACCCACAGCUACUGCUGUGUCGCGACUAAGUGACAGAAAGACUGUUGUGCGAUCAGAGUCCCGGCAUGAAGGGAGGUCUGUUGUGUCAUCAGACAAACCAGCCCAAGUCGUCAGAAGGACAGCAGUUUUGAAGUCUUCCAGUGUAGCUCUGAAGCGGAAAGCCCCCAGUUCUGUGGUGAAGCCCAUGUCUAGUCGUGCAGAAGAAGAGGAGGAGGAGUACGACCCUCACAAUCCAUCUGUGGGCAGUGUUGCCAGUGUAGUGCGAGUCACGGCAAGGAAGUCUAGUGUACCCAGAUCACUACAAGCCAACAAGAUGCUGCUGAUGAAGGCUAUGACAGAUGCAGAGAAAUCUGUCACCACCACUGGCAAGCGAUCAGUCACAGUCACAGACAACAAACCAGAACGAAGCCAGCAACGAUCUCAGUACAACAGCAGUAGGGCUACAGUAUUAGCUGAUAAAAAUGUGACGCGAUCCUACAACACCACUCCAUCCUACAACACCACUCGGCCUAGCCUGGUGUCUCGCUCCAAGAAGGAGGAGAUCAUGAGGAAAAUGAAGUACACCAUCGAGGUUGAGUCACCCCACGAUUCACCUGAGGAACCAGGCUCUGAGGAGGAGCCGGUGCCUGACAACCGAGUUGUCGAGGUGGACCCAGAGGAGGAGGUGGAGCAGGUAGUGUCAAGUCCAGAAGCAGUGGCUGGAGCAUCUGACUCUGACCCCGGGGCAGAGGUUGAGACGGUGGUGGAGGAAGAGGAUGCAAUCGGUGUCGGAGACGAGGAGGAGGAGGAGACGGAGCAGGGGGAAGAAGAGAUACCUGUCAUCCUGGAGGAUGUGGCUUCAGACGAGUUCCGUCACAUUCUGGACACGGAAGGGAGUCAGGUUCAAGGCAGGCUACAGCAGCAGGAGGAGGUCAUGGCAGAGGAGGAGGGUGAUGGCAACUCCAGGGUAGUCAAAGACAAUUCCAAGAACACCAAGUUUAUUGUUACUCUGGAUGGUGUUGACCCAGACCAGUAUGAGAGCAUGGAGGUGGACAUGGAGGACACAGGCGAAUCUACACGGGUCAUGGAUGUCACGUCCCGAGUGGCUCCACCCAGAAUCAAACCUUUCUCUAUCAACCUCAAGGAUUCGGAUGAGGAAGAAGACCAUUCUAUUACCCCCCUGAAGAAGGCAAAAAUGGCAGAAAAGUGCCGAUUUUGGCCAGCAUGUGUUAAUGGCAAUGCAUGUGAAUAUCACCAUCCCACAGUCAGUUGCAAAACAUUCCCCAGCUGCAAGUUCGGAGAUAAAUGUUUGUAUAUUCACCCAAAUUGUAAAUAUGAUGCCCGGUGUACAAAAACAGAUUGUCCAUUUACACAUGCAAGUAGAAGAAAACCUAUGACUACAUCACCUCCACAAGUUAUUGCCAUCCCCCAGCCCAAGGUAAUAUUAGCUGCCCCCAUGGCCCCUGUACCUGCUGCAUCAACACAUCCUCGCCAGAUCACCUGUAGAUUCUUCCCCAACUGCCACAACAUGAAGUGUCCCUUUAAACAUCCAAAGCCUUGUAGAUAUGGGUUAAGCUGUGCCAAGAAGGCAGCUUGCCCUUUCUUUCACCCAGCCCUGCCAAGCAAAGACAAGCUGACAUGGAAGGCUGGCAACGUGGAGCAUAGGAGUGCCACUAACCCAAAUGGCAUCAAGGCUUCUUGAUCUUCGCUAUGUGACUGUUGUGUGGAUGUGUUUUACGUGAUACCUUGACCAGUUCCUGGUGUCGUCAGUGGUUGUAAGGAUUUCACACUCUGAGCUGAGAAGACCAACAGUACCAAACUUCUCAUAGUGAUCAAACCUUGAGCUUUUUAUACUAUUGCUGCCACCAGUCACAACUCCUAGCUGUGCUAGUCACUGCUAGGUGGCCAAAUCCCUGCAUGAAGCUACACUCGCAUUCUUUUCCAAACAAGCAAUGACAUGCUGUUCAUGUAUUAGCAGGUUAUUCUAGUUCAUUUCAACUACAAGAUAUAAACUUUGAUAAACAAAUAUCAUAAGAAUGUAAGUUAACACUUUUGGCUGCUUUUCAAAUGUCAGGAACAUAAGGUCAAUUAGUUCUAAUGAAUGUGUGUAUAUUUUUCUGGGAAAUUAUCAGGUUAUUUCACAAUGAACUUAAAUGAUGGAAACACGCAAGGAACAUUUUGGUUUUGAAAGAAAGUUUCAAAUUCAUUGUACUAGAUACAGCUUCACAGGUUGCAGCAAUGACAAAUAGAGACAAAUGAAGCUGGCAGUGACUUUUAAAGAAAAUACCACAGAUAAAUUACUAUCCAAACAACCACCUCACACACUGAUGUGUACAAGUGAGUUCGUACAAGUGCACAUGCUGAGUGCAUGUUGAUUGUGAUAUGACUCUGAAGCUUGGAUUUGUGGGUCUGUACAGGCCGACCUGGUCCAGGUGCUGAAUGUGGACAAGAAGAUAUGACUCUGAUGUGUUAGAUUCUAGCUGAAGCUUGGAUUUGUGGGUCUGUACAGGCCGACCUGGUCCAGGUGCUGAAUGUGGACAAGAAGAUAUGACUGUGAUGUGUUGGAUUCUAGCUGAAGCUUGGAUUUGUGGGUCUGUACAGGCCGACCUGGUCCAGGUACUGGAUGUGGACAAGAAGAUAUGACUCUGAUGUGUUAGAUUCUAGCUGAAGCUUGGAUUUGUGGGUCUGUACAGGCCGACCUGGUCCAGGUGCUGGAUGUGGGGAUGAUAGGAUGAGACACUGAUGCUAAGGUUCUGUCCAGACAGACGGAACAGGCUGCAGGACAUUACAUUGUCCAAGUUGAUCAGUUGUUUAAGCCACAUGUUGUGUUGUUGGCAGUUUUUGGAUUGUUGUACGUGUAUUGCCAUAUUAUUUAUAAAUACUGAGGUCAAUGAGAAUUCAUGUAGUUAGUUAAAGCCUUAACAUCCUUUUUAAUUUGGUUUAUGUGUGUGUAUUUUGCAAAACAAUAUUGCGAUCAAAAUACUAAUGCAAAUUAAUUUGAGAAAAGCAACUGUGUUCUUAUCAGACUUAUCAUGCUUAGUGAGUGGUUGCGCGUUGAUAUUUAAAAUAUGUUACGAAAGAAUAUGAUCUGGUGGGACUGAUUUUUUGAAUGACAAGUCAAAGAGUCAUGUCCCUUCCAAUUUCGUUUUUGAGGUAUUACUGAUUUUUACUGUAUUUGUUUUUUAACCUAAUCAGCCUGAUGAAGAAAAGUUGGGAAAAACAUUGUGAUGUUUGGAUUGAGUGAUUCACACACGUUUUUUCCAGAAUAAUUUUACACACAAGCAGUGAAAAUGUACAACUUCUUUAUAUGAUAUAAAUAGGAGCUGUUUUGGAAAGGUGCCCAUGUAUCCAAAACAUUUUUAUAAUUAUCCCUCUGUACACAGAACAUUUUGUGUUUAUUAAAAGCAUAUAAUGAA